AUGACCAGAGAAAGGUUUUUCCAAGCGGAAGACCUUUUUCAGGAUUUUGGAGAGAAUUUUGGAGAGGAUUUUUAUGAAGUCAAAAAAGAAGAUUUCAUUGAUAGCGUUUCGCGGGCAAAGAGUACCUUGGAACCGGUAUCGAAACAACACAGCAAACCAAAACUCGACUUGUCGCCGCUAAAAAAAGAUAAACUCACGAGUUCGGUCCUUGAACGUUUUCCUGAUCUGACGAGUGAAGAUGUGGAAUUCUAUCUCGGAUUUACAUUCGCCGAAAACCCAUCCUGCGAUGAUGUCGCAGACGUGAUUGAAGCUUUCAACAAGAAUGGUUUAUCUGACCCCCGCGGAAUGGGAUUUAAUUUCUCUGAUCUCGAGUCUCAUUCCAAGCUGAAAGAAAAACUUACUGAAUAUUUCAUGCUCAAGAGAGCAAACAAGCGGUCCUUGGUGUUUCUGGGCUAUCUCAGCCCGGUGCGUGGCUGGUGCACAAGGUCUAUGUUUGGAAAACCUCUUGAGGCUCUCCAGGAAGUUCAUUUGACCAGAGAGGGCGAUUCUUCUGCAAAAUCGAAAAAGAAAAACCCGGAUAAAGGAACCAUCGUGAGGGUCUAUUCUGGGAAUCCAAAAGAGCCGAGAUCGCUGCGUGAGGUCGGAAGACUGACGGAGGAGUUUGCAUCAUAUAUUGCGCCGUUGAUGGAUCUGAACCUGGUGGUCUUCGAUGGAUUUUACGUCUAUCCUAACAAUAAACUGAGAAUGGGUGACACUUUUGAGCUGCGCAUUGAUUGCUAUUUGAAAGAAUCGCUUGAUCAGCCCUCUGACUUUGCUUCUUCUUUGAGAGAGGUAUACAGAAAACGUACUUACGACGACGCGAACCACGAGAAGGUUGUUCAUGAUCGUCAAAUGGCGCUCAACACACUUCUUGUCAAACUCAACUACCUCAAGGAGACCUCGACCAAGGACGCAUUUGCUCCGCAACGUGACACCCAUUCAGGAGCGUACAAGAGUGAGCUGACUCAGGAGAUUCCUUUCGGCUUGGGGAGCCAGAGAAGCCAGCAGAGUCAGUCGGACAGCCAAGUCAGUGCAAAUGGCUCUAUCGAUCUCACAUCAACUGCUAGCUUGAGAGACAGCACGUUCAACUUGAACCAACUCAAGGAAUUUUACAGAGUCACCCAGGAGUCAGCUUUUGGUGAAGAUUUCCCGGAAACAAACCCUCCCGCUGCUGAUUUCAGCUUAGAGCUUCGUCCAUACCAGAAAUUGGGACUUUCAUGGAUGUUGAAACGUGAACGGGAGUAUACACACAUCGGUUCUGGGAAUCUUUCAAACAGCCAAAACAAUGACUUCAUCAAAGAGCUAAUCGAAUCCGAAGAGGGUGCCAAUAAUCCACUAUGGACAAAGAUGGAGGGUCGCAACGGCACCCAACCCUUUUACUACAACAGGUUUUCGGGGGAAUUCUCAUCUAAAAAACCAACUGUCAAGUCCCUCUGUAAAGGAGGAAUAUUGGCAGACGAAAUGGGUCUUGGCAAGACCAUUACGACUCUUUCCUUGGUUUUCACUGUUCCGGAAGAUUCAUCUUUUGAUAAGACCCUAUCAUUCGAUAAGAAGUAUGCCUACAAGACCACGUUGAUUGUGGUGCCCAUGUCUCUCCUGAACCAAUGGCAGAACGAGUUUGAAAAGGCCAAUCUCAGAGAGGGUGUUGAGUGCAGAACCUACUAUGGAAAUCCCCAUUUCGACCUGGCAGCAGAGUGCUGCACCGACCAGGCCCCAAGAGUGUUGUUGACAACUUAUGGAACUAUCCAGAGCGAAUACAGUCGUAUGUCGAGGAAUUCCAUGUACGAGAGCAGUCUUUAUAAUAUGAAGUUCUUCAGAAUCGUUCUCGAUGAAGCUCACAAUAUCAGAAAUAAGCAGACCAAAACCACAAGGGCCAUGAAUGAUCUGGAAGCUUCGAGAAAGUGGCUGCUGACUGGUACCCCAGUUAUCAAUUCAUUGGACGAUCUUUAUCCUCUAGUCAACUUUCUCAAUGUUGAGCCUUGGUCCAGUUAUGCCCUUUGGAAGCACUUUGUGAAAGAUCCUUUUGACAAUAACAAGAACUUGGCCGGUGCUUUCAGCGUUCUCUCUACUAUCAUGGAACCUCUCAUUCUCAGAAGAACGAAGUUACAAAGGGAUAAAUACGGUAAACUGCUUAUUGAACUUCCCGAGAGAGAGGUGGUAUUUGAAAGGUUAUACUUCAAUGAGCAGGAAAACGCUAUGUAUGAGUGGAUGAAGAGACGUGCGGAGUUUUCUUUCAAAGAAAACAUGAACAGUGGGACUCUGAUGUCCAACUAUACUUCUAUUCUGACGCAUAUUCUCAGAUUGAGACAAGUGUGCUGUCAUUUGGACCUCAUCAAAACCACCAGGGAAGGUUUGGUUGAGGAGGAGGAAGGUGUCAUGUUGACCCAGAAGCUUCUGAUGAGCGAAAAAGAGGAGUUCGAAACCAAGGCACUCAAGAUUCUUGCGGAAGAAGAAGAAUCUGAAGCUUUCUCUUUAGACCGUCAAAUUGAGCUAAAGUCGGAAAUUAUGAGCGCAUACCCUAACUUUACUGAUACAGAAUGCUCCAUCUGUACGACUUCUCCGAUCGACGUUGAGAAAUGUGUCAUCACUGAGUGCAAGCAUUGUUUCUGUCUGGAGUGCCUAAUGGACCACUUUGAGUUCCAGAACAGAGCUGGAACUACCCCUACCACCGAUGGGUCAGAAGAUGUUGAUUCACCAUCUUUAAAGCCAAAGAAGAAUGUUCAGUGUCCAAAUUGUCGGUCCGUGAUUGACAAAAAGAGACUUUUUAGAACUAAGCCUCAGCUAGGAAAUGUUGAUGCUUUGAAGGAUGGAGUUGAAGCCGGAUAUACCCUUUAUCAUUUCAACCCAUAUGGAAGAUCCACUAAGAUCAACGCUUUAAUCAAGAAUCUGUAUCAAAUCAGAGAAGGCGAUCCUAAUGAAAGGGUGGUUAUUUUCUCUCAGUUCACAUCGUUCCUUGAUCUUAUUGAGUCAGAACUUCAGCAUUACCCCAAUGAGUUCGAGGUAUUAAAAAUGGAUGGUAGGGUUACUAUGAAGGGACGGCAGAGUAUCAUUGAAAAGUUCUCUGAUCCUGCUUCCAAGACGAAGGUGUCUGUUUUGCUCCUGUCUAUGAAGGUUGGAGGUGUAGGUCUGAAUUUGACUGUCGCCUCUAAGGCCUUCAUGAUGGAUCCAUGGUGGUCCCCAAGUAUGGAAGACCAGGCCAUCGAUCGUCUUCACAGAAUGGGUCAGCAGAACAACGUCAGAGUCGUGAGGUUUAUCAUGCGCGACUCUAUAGAGGAGAGGAUGUUGAAGAUUCAGGAAAGAAAGAAGCAAAUAGGUGAGGCUGUUGGCGUCGACGACGAAGAAAGACGCAAGAGGAGAAUUGAAGAAAUCCAGAUAUUGUUCGGGAAAUAA